AUGUACUCAAGCAAUCAGUGGGAACGCAGAAACCAACUUCGAUUUACAAGCGAUAUCAUCGCAACUGAAACGAGUAGUAUUCCUGGCAGAUCAAGAACCUCACUCAUGGCAAAAUCAGAAUAUAUGCUGAAGAUGGAGAAUGAGAAGCCCAUGCACCAAUGCGGUGGCUUCCAUUUGUGUCAAUCUUUACCCCUAAAUGCAUCCAUCUUCACCGGAAAAUGGGCUUUGAGAUCCAAGACUCUAUCAACCGACAUUAAUUCAAUCAGUCGUAAAAUGGAACCCCGGAUUCAAGAAUCCCAUUCCUCAAUUUUGACCAUUGUUCCCCGCCGGCCAUCAUGCCAUUGUCUCUUCCUCUUAACUCUCGCACUCCUAAACAUCAGCUCUUCACUUCUCAUGGGCGCAACCUUCAUCUGCCUGAAUUAUAGCAGAAGUCUAGAGACACCCAGCUCCACUAUGUCCACAAUCAUCGCUCCCAUUCUGAACUCCUUAGACCUUCAAUUCAAGUCAUCACAUGACGUCAUCACAUUCUGCAGCUUCAUUCUCGCAACAGGUGUCUUCACUCUAACAAUAUUUUUAUGGAUGUCACAUGGGCCCGACUCUUCAUGUCCCUCGUGGCUUUUGAUAGUUCAAGCCUAUGGAUAUUGGAUAGGUUUUAAUCCGGUGGAGUUGGUGCUAUGUAUCUUCCCCUUGAGUGUUAGCGUUUGGAUGAUGCUCAAUUGGGCAGUGGACCUUCUCCAGAACCGAAGAGACGUACAAUAUCUUCAACAGGUAGAGUGUAACGAUAAUGCGGUGUAUUUGGUUUGA